AUGACAAAACGUUAUAUAUUUGUAUUUGAAUCAUUGAAUGGACCUGGUCCAUUAGCUCCAUUAUUUGUUGAUAUAACUGGUGUGUAUUUUCGACCGGAAGGUUUAGGCAAUACAUAUAUUUGUGGAUGUAGUCCAAGUGAAGAAAAUGACAAAUCAGAAAAUAAUUUAGAAGUUGAUUAUUCUGUAUUUGAAGAACAAAUUUGGCCAGCAUUAGCUAAACGAAUACCAAGUUUUGAAACUUUAAAGCUCAAAAAUGCCUGGUGUGGUUUUUAUGAUUACAAUUAUUUUGAUCAAAAUCUUAUCAUUGGUCCACAUCCACAACAGAAAAAUUUCAUUUUUGCUAAUGGUUCAAGUGGACAUGGUUUACAACAUGCACCUGCUAUUGGUCGUGCUUUAUCCGAAUAUAUAGCUGAUUUUAAAUAUCAAUCAAUUGAUUUAACACGUUUUGGUUUUCAACGUAUAGUUAAUAAUACUCCGAUAUUUGAACCAAUGAUAGUUUAA